CGAAUGUCAAUUUUCAACGGAUACCUUCCUGUCAAGUGAUCUACAAUAAUUUUCAUUUUGUUGAUUAUUUAUAUUUCUUCGUUAUUAAAUUUAAAAAUUGUCAAAGCAAUGGACAAAAAAAAUAAAAGCUUCAUCGCACCCAGACCUGUGCAAUCAACAUCCAAGCGUGAUACGGCGCCUUCAACUUCGAAAAAAGUUAUACCUAAAGUGAAAAGUCUAUCUCGAAAAAGUGUUUUACCUUGUAAUUUAAAAGCGUCUACGACUCUCAUGUGUGAUGAGUCAAUUUUCGAGCCCGAGGCGUUUUCCGAUGUCGAAGCCAGUGAUGAUUACGUGAAUUUUCUGAGAAACAUGCUGUUGGAAUGUCAGGUUGACGAAAAAAUUAAGAGGGAAGAGACGAAAAUGGAUAUUCAAUUGGCGCAACUAGCUCAGCGGUUUCAGGAAACUAUGGACCAACUGGACCAAACCAGUCGACGGCUGAAGGAUAUCAAUUUUGUUGUUGAACAAAAAAGACUCGCAGAUCUAAAAAACCAGGACUGCUCCAAUUUUUACAACAUGACAGAAACCUCGGGCUUAGAAGAGAAGAUCACUAACUUAACCUCAGCAGCCGAGGCUCGGAUGGACAAUUUAGAAACCCUCAACGUGGACUUUGGUUAUAAUAACGAAACUGGGCAUAAGAAACUCCUAGACACGGUGAACGAUACCAUCAACGGAUUAGAAAGCAUUAAAAAGAAAUACAAUUUCAACACAGAUAUAUUUCACGAAUACAAAGACUUGCAUACAAAUUUGGAUGGUUUCGAAAAAAACGGAUUCAAUCUCGAUUCAAUGAGGGAUGAAUUUGAAGUUAAAUUUCCCAAGUAUAGUGAGAAAUUACUGAAAGAUAUAUCUAACAAGGUUGCCUCGUUUAUGGAAAAUGAUGACUAGUUUUUACUUUUGCUGGGUUCUGUACCCUACGGGUGCCAACUGGACCCUAUCACUAAUAAUCUGUGCGUCCAUUCCAACUAUCUGUCUGUGUGCUGUAUCUCUUAAACCAUGA